CUCGCUCCAAUUCCUGUGACAACCGACCUCGAUUUCUACGAGCUGGUAGCACGAGAGCAACAUUACACCGAACCUGACAUUCGAUCGCCUUCUCCCGACCCGGCACACUUGUCUCCCCAUGCAGGACAAGUCGUCUUCUGGAGCGCAGGCUCUCGCCCGUGAACUGCUGCUCCAGCCGUCCGCCUUCGAUAACCGUUGGACAGAUCUUUCCGACUGCCACCUUCGCCGCAUCCUCUUCACAUCACUCGCCGCCGGACGCGAAGACAAUCUGCGUCUCUUCUUCCCCAAUGGAACUCCCGUCGACCCCUCCGAGCUGUGGAGCCUGAAGGCGGCGCAAGGUGCUAUAGAGGGCGCAGAAUAUACGGCAAGCGCACGGGGAACUGCAUGUGGUCACAUCUUCAAGGCUGGAGAGAGCACAUACUCCUGCAAAACAUGUGCUGCCGACGACACGUGCGUGCUGUGUUCCAGGUGCUUUGAGAGCAGCCAUCACGAAGGGCACACGGUCACCAUCUCCAUCUCUCCCGGGAACUCUGGCUGCUGCGAUUGUGGAGAUCACGAGGCGUGGAAGCGGGAAGUGAAAUGUUCGAUACACAGCGCAGAUGCAGAGUCAGAGCCCAGGAGUAGUGGCAAGGACAAGCACCGCGCGUCUGACCUGCCAGUGUCGCCAGACGACGUCGUCGAAGCUGUCCGUAUGACCAUCGCUCGCUGCACAGACUACCUUUGCGAUGUAUUUUCGUGUUCUCCAGAACAACUACGGCUGCAAAAAUCGCGCGAGACUAUCAUGCAUGACGAGCAGUCCUCCAGGCUGGGCGGUCUAUACGGCGAGGAGCCACUGGAAGAAGAUCCCGAAUAUGCCCUGGUCCUCUGGAAUGACGAGAAACAUACUGUCGAUGACGUGCAGAACCAAGUUGCGAGAGCUUGCUCCAAGUCCAAGAAGUUUGGCAAGGAAAAGGCGAUUGAAGUUGAUGGCGUUGGCAGAUCAAUCAUCACAUACAGCCGAGACUUGGACGAGCUGAUUAGAAUGUCCGAAAUUAUCGAGCAAUUGAAACUCACCGUGACGAUCAGAUCAGCCCGAGAUACUUUCCGAGAGCAAAUGUGCGCUGCCAUCGUUGCGUGGUUCGCCGACAUCUCGGGAUGUCUCGUGGGCAACGAUCCAAGUCUCCUUCGGAACACCAUCUGCGAGGAAUUUCUCAAGCCAUGGUGGAUGGGGGGCGGUGCUCACAACCGGGACAUUGGCGUGCAUGGCAUUGACGAUCAUGAAGUCGAUGACAAUGAAGUCACUCGCCAGAGAUAUCGCAUGUAUGUGAACCACUUUCGCCAGCCGGGUUUGGUACCUGCUUUGGUUGGCAAUAAUGUGCUUCGGCUAGAAGUCGAUUUGGGCCCUGAUGAGGACGACGAUGAGGAUGAGGAUGAGGACGAAGCGAAUGAUGACGACGACAAUAACAAUAACAACGACGAGGAUGACGAUGAAGAUGAAGAAAUGGACGACGACGACGAUGAUCACGAGACGAAUGAGAUACGCGUACUACGAGCGCGCGCACAGAUCAACAUGGAUGCUGGGGAGAUGGAUAUCGACAUUAUGGAUGAUGCGGAAGAUGGUGCCGAAGUGCUCGAAGCCACACUCGCAGGAUAUCCCCCUCCGCCACCUCCACCAGAUCUUCGAAGUCAGCGCGCUCAAGUUUUGACGCCGCAAGACAGCGAUGACGGUGAAGCAGAGCAGCCUCGGCCGUCCACCAACGAGCCUUUCCCACAUGUGCCCCGUACACCAAGAGCGAAAGUGCCGACGAGAUUACGACCCAGCAAGUACUGGCUGGAGAAACCAGAGGCGUACAAGUCGCAGCGUUCUACAGAGCCCUGCGAAGAUAUCUGGCAGCGUGUGCGGUUAGACUAUCUCAUCCUCUACGAUUUGCGCCUGUGGAAGACGCUUCGAAUCAACCUGCGCCAUCUGUACAUCACUACGGUAGUGACGAUACCACGCUUCAAGCGUAUCAUCGGCUUGCGAAUUGCUGGCCUCUAUACUGCUCUAGCACAGCUAUACCUCAUUGCAGACAGAGAACCAGAUCACUCAAUCAUUAACCUCAGUGUCCAGCUCCUCACUACUCCAUCAGUGACCCAUGAAGUGGUCGAUCGUGGCAACUUCUUGACCAAUUUGAUGGCAAUCCUCUACACAUUUCUCACUACGCGACAGGUCGGUUUCCCUGAAGACGUACACCCCAAAGCAACACUGGCCUUUGACGCCGGGACUGUGACCAAUCGUCGCAUCUUUCACUUCUUCCUCGAUCUGCGCUGGCUAUUUCGAUCUGAGCUCAUCCAUUGGCGUGUGCGAUGUGAGCCGCGCUAUCUCCUCCAAUUCCUGGAUCUUGUCAAGCUCCACCAAGGCGUCUGUCCAAACAUCCGCGCAUUGGGAGAACAUGUCGAGUACGAGUCUGAUACCUGGAUUAGUGCACAGCUCAUCGUCAAGGAUAUCAACAAGUUGUGCAAGGACCUCUCGCUGUCAUUUGCGCCCGACGAGAAAUUUGGGGAUCAAAAUUCGAAUCUGCACCGAGCAAUCCGCGUCGUCGGUCAGGUCACCAUGAUCAACGCUUUCGGAUACGAGAGAAAGCGCUUCUCUGCUGCUGAGUUGAGAGAAGACCUCGCGUGGCAUACUGUUGGUCCAUUCGAGAGCAGUGGCAAGACUUACAGCGUGCCAAAGCUAGUGGUGCAGAGCGAACCGAUGAGCUUCCACCAUCCGCUGCACUACCUCUUGUCGUGGCUCGUGGAGAACGCUCGUGGCAUGGGUCGUUGUGAACUUCGGGUAUUGCUACAUUUCACCCCUGAGGACCUGAAAGACCCGUACAAUCAAAGCAGGACCGCCCCUGCACCCAACAAUCUCACACCCCACGAGCUAUUGAGUGGCAUCUUCGAUCAUCCACUGCGUGUUGUAGUGUGGCUGGCGCAAAUGAAGGCGGGCAUGUGGGUGCGCAACGGCAUCACACUUCGGCAUCAAGCACAUACCUACCGUAGUGUAUCUACUCGCGAUGUUGGCUAUCAACGCGAUAUCUUCAUGAUACAGUCUGCUCUCGUCCUUUGCGGUGCUGGGGACGAGCUCCCUGGUGAGCGCUACCUCGCGCAAAUGGUCGACCGAUUUCAAAUGAAUGGCUGGGUUUCGGGCGACUACAGACUUGUACCGGGCUUCGAAGAACCGCAGCAACUGGACUGUAUUGAAGAAUUUUUCCACACGCUUGUGAUUGCUCUGUCGGAGAGGGGUAACCUGAUCCCAAGCAUCACGGAAGCCGAACAGCACGACAGAGUGCUACAGCAUGAUAUAGCACACGCGCUCUUGUUCAAGCCUCUCUCGUUCUCGGAACUCGCCAGUCGUGUGACCGAGAAGGUGGGUGAGUCGGACGACUUUACUCGUGUACUGGCAAAUAUGACCACCUUCCGCGAGCCCGAAGGUCUCUCGGAUGUAGGGACAUUCCAGCUCAAGCCGGAGUAUGUGGGUAUCGUUGAUCCGUACUACGCUCAUUACUCAAGAAAUUAUCGCGAGGAGGCAGAGCAGAUACUGAAGAAGCACAUUGCGAAGAAGACCGGCAAAAGCAUUGAGGACGUCGUGUACGAACCACAGCUCGAGCCCAUUGAGGAAGGUCUAUUCCAAGAUCUCGCUGCCUUCACUGCCUCGCCCUUAUUCGUGCAGAUCUUGGGUGCUGCCGUGAACUUUGCUGUCAACCUGAAGCACGUUGCGCCCAAGGUGCAAGAGACUCGAGUGGAGACAUUCCUACAUAUGGUGCUCCAUUUGUUGCUAUUAGCUGUGCUGGAAGACAAAACACAGACCGGCGAAGAGGGUGGCUUCAUCAGACUUGCGGUCGAUGCCACCUGGUGCGGACCAAAGCACGGCUCCAGUCGACCCGAGAGCAGUGAGGACGAUCAGCCUAAUUUGGUGACUCUUCUCACGCAGCUGAGUGACAUGGACGAGUAUGCUUCUACUCACCCCGCAGUCAAGAACGUGCUUCGCAAGAUGCAGUCGAAGCGUCCCGACAGGCUUGCACUGGUUGCUAGUGGCCAGCUUGCUCUACUGUUUGAUCGCGCCGAUACUGGCUCGCCUGCAUUGUCUGUAGAGGACAAGGAAAGGAAGAAGCAGGAAGCGAAGGCACGCCAGGCCAAGGUCAUGGCACAAAUGAAGGCGCAGCAGAACAACUUCUUGCAAAACCAAGGUUUGGAGUCUUUCGAUGAUGAAGAUCUUGAUGAUCCAGCCGAGGAUGCCAUGUCUACCACCGACGAUGUUCUUCAUACGCGCAAGACCUGGAAUUUUCCCACUGGCACUUGUAUACUGUGUCAGGAGGAAACUGACGACCAGCGACUCUUUGGCACCUUUGCGUUCUUGGGCGAGAGCAAUAUCUUACGACAAACCCCUGUCGACGAUGAUGAUUAUAUUCAAGAAGUGUUGGACACUCCAGAGAGCCUGGAUGUGUCUGCCGAGCAUCUUCGACCCUUUGGCGUUGCGGGUGAAAACAAGCAAAAGGUGACUAAGGUUGGACCUGAUGGCGUCUCAUACACGACAGAGCGGUCUCGCUUGAGCAAAGGCUUCCCCCAUCAGCCAGAUGGUGUCAAAGGUCCUGUCAGCACGAGUUGUGGUCACAUUAUGCAUUGGCAUUGCUUUGAGCUCUAUCAAGCUGCCACGCAUAGGCGGCACGCUUCCCAGAUUGCUCGAAAUCAUCCCGAGCGAGUCGAGUGUCGGGAAUUCAUUUGCCCUCUCUGCAAGGCUCUCGGCAACACUUUCCUGCCGAUCAUUUGGCAAGCCAAGGAAUGUACCCCCGAGCACGAAGUACAUGCGAAGCCUGACUUCAGAGACUGGCUGGUGGAGACACCGAAUAAGUACCAGGCCAAUCUUGCUUUCCUGGACAAUAUUCUGGCGCCGCAUGCUUACCAGCAGAGAUACCAGGAAGUGUCAGAAGUCUACUCCGACCGCAGCUUCGAGUAUGUCAAUAGCAUGCUGGCACCGAACCUCAUGCAGACUAUGCAGGAGCUCACUUUGAACUCGCCUGUCACAAGUCCAACGAGUGCAGGUGUGCCCAAUCGCCACCCAUUCCGCGCUGCUGCAAAUAUGCUUGGUAGACCAUUUGGAUUAGCCAUGGGCGCUGGAGGUCGAGAGGUUGCAACUGCACCUGGCAGCCAAUUUCAUGCUGGACCUGGCGAUUCAACGGAGCCUGGCGUAGAAACGAACAGAUUGUCCGACGUAUUCAAGGCCUACAAGAGGAUUGACGAUAUGAUCAAGGUGAACCAGCUCUCAAGUACUGACGGCCCCGAUGGUGGCUUGAUGACUGUCAAUCCUGUCGCUGCGUUAUCAAGGGCAUUGGGCAUGAGCGUCAGUGCUUGGGAGAUUGCGCACCGUGGCGUUGAACAUGUUGAACCGUACUCUACCAGCUUGGUCAAGGACAUGUCAGACCAGACCAUGACGCAUCUGAGAAUCUUGUGCGAGACGAUCGAGAGCUACCUUGCGCUGAAUGUGCUCAAGUCUGGAUCGAAUAUCGUGGCACGCGAAACGUUCAAGAAGCGGGACAUCAUUACUGCUCAGCUGUUCGGUACAGAGUCCUUGGACACUAUGAUCAAGCUGCAAAAUGUGUCUGGCAAGUUGCUCCUUCAGGACGACAUCUUUUUGUUCUUCUCGGACUGGCUAAGCUUCAUGGGACCCAAUGUCGCAGAAGCGUCGAAUAUCUUACAAGUAUGCCUGUGGGCCGAGAUUGUCAAGGUGGUGUAUGUCUAUGGAUCCAUUGUUUCAGACGAGCAGCGUUCAUUGAAGGACAACGGCGCAUAUGCAAUGGACGCUGAGAAGUUGCUGACUUGGAAAUUUGUCCUUGCCAAGAUGUUCUCUGACGAAGACCACACGCGUGAUCCCGAAGACGUCAAGGACAGCACAGCGACACUCUUGCGUGCCUUGGUCGACAAGUACGCCCUCGCUUUUCUGCGAAAGUGCACUGUGCUCAUAGCGGUCCGUUACGGCCUCGACUUCGACUGUCCUUUCACCCUCGACCCCGAACUGCCUGAGAUAACACGUCUAGUGUCGCUCUUGCACAUGCCUACUAUCGACGAAAUGUGCCAGCUCUUCGCAAAUGACUCCUUGGCAGGGCACACUCUUCAACUCCUCACCCAUCGCUGGCUCGAGCAAGCUAGCCAUGACCAGCCCCGAGACUCCACCGAUCCGAUAUAUUGGAGUGGCGUUCGUUACUCCGACGAGUCUCUGUCCGCUCUCGGAACACCUUAUCGGCUUCCACUGACAGCCCGGCGUCGACACGUCACUCUCCCACACCCCAGCAUCCUCGAGCUCGUCGGUCUCCCCCAAUCAUACGAUACUCUGACCGAGGAAGCCACCAAAUGCAAAUGCCCGACGACGGGCAAAGACAUCGUCGACGCCACACUAUGUCUCCAGUGUGGCGAAAUAUUCUGCUCGCAAGCCGUGUGUUGUCUCAAAGACAAGACGUUUGGUGGCUGUUACCAACACAUGAUCCGACAUGGAAUGCGCACGGGCCAAUUCAUCAACAUUCGAAAAUGCAUGGUGCUCUUUUUGCACGUGCGAGGCGGCCACAACAACAAUCGCGGUGCUGGUGGAAUCAAGGCUUCUUCCUUUGCCGGUGGUGGCGGAUUCCUGGGAGCCGAUGGAAGCAUCCUGGAUGGGCGAGUGAGUAGUGGAUGCUUCACGUUUGCGCCGUAUUUGGACCGGUGGGGUGAGCCGGACCAUGGAUUGCGGAGACAUCAGAGGUUGUAUUUGAGCACCAAGCGAUAUGAGAAGUUGGUUCGGGAGGUAUGGGUGGGUGGCAUGACGCAGACGGUGGUGAGUAGGAAGUUGGAAGGGGAUGUGAAUCCUGGAGGAUGGGAGACGUUGUGACCACACAUCAUGAAGUGGAGUACAGUACACAGAGAGAGAGAGAGAGA